AUGCUGAUGGUGUCGAGAUCGCUUCUUUGGAUUGCAUUCUGCGUUACGUGCGUGGACGCUGGUACUAUCAAUGUUCUGAUGAUCCACAACGCGCUUGAAGACAACGUGGGUUGGAAGGAUGGCUUCCUGAACUUCUUUGUCCCGUUCUUGAACAGUCAGGGUGGCUUUACGAUUACAGGUGAUGCCCAGUCGCCUUACUUGCUGAAUGCGUCUCUUUGCGAGUUCGACAUUGCAGGCAACGGUGAACCGAUUACAGCAUCCACUGUUCAAAGCUGCCUCAGUAGAGCAGGGGACGUAGAUGUCAUUGUAGUUGGUUCUUCUGCUGGAAACGAUGACAUCAAGCAGUUGGGAGAAUCACUCCAGAUUCCUAACUUGCAUUGCUCUGGUGGCAACCCUGCUCAAUGGACUGGGGCAACACCCCAUGCAUUUGGCAUGCACCUGCCCUUUCCGUGGUAUUCCCGAGGACCCAUGAGGAGAGCUGCCCUGCAAGGAUUGCAACGUGUUGUGAUCAUUCGCAGCUACGACUGGGGGUUUCCUCGAACAUCAGCAGUGGCAGCAGCGGAAUGGAGCUUGGAAUCCUCGAUGACACUGAUAGGUCCCACGUUGGAGUGGUGCCACCAAUGGGCCAACAUGACCCAGACGUGCCGGGUCAUCAACUCUUCUUGCCGCUGCGGGGAGCAAGUCGAAUUCGAUGCCCUUGGAUACAAGUACGAGGUUGCCAGCAUGCCGAGCUUCUAUGAAGUGUCCGAAGCUGCCGUGCUGGAAGCUGGGCUGAACCCACGCGAUGAAGUCGUCUCCCCUGCCCUGAUUACCUUCGUAGAGGGCAUCAUAGAGGAUGUCCGUCGACAGGGGCAGGAUCCAGAUAUGGUUGUGAACUGGUUGACUUCGGCCCGAAGUGGGCUGGUGGCCAUGCGUCAACGCAAGUUUGCGUUUCAGAUGUAUUUUGGGGGACCCAACGUUGCAGGAAUUGCCUGGAACGGCUAUGAAUCUUAUUGGCAGAAUGGAACUGCAGCACUUGACACCGCCGAUGCCCUGUACAACAUGGGUGGCGGGCAAUGGCACCACGGAAUGCUCUUUUCCGAUCCUUUCUUUGGCAGUUCCAGUGAAAUGGUGCGCCAAUUCUCGGAGCUGUUCGCACGGCCUCCGAGCUACGAUGCUGCAGCUUGCACUAGUGCAGGUAUAGCUCUGGCGCUCUCAUUACAGAGAUAUGGGAGGCCUCUGCCAAGCACUCUUGAAGCGCGACGUGAAGAGAUUCGACUCUCCAUUGGUAACCUGAACGAUGAAACUCUCUUCGGGACGCUCCGUUUCAAUCGCUUCAACCAGAACAAUGGACGACUUACCGUAAGCUGGCAGGUGCUGGAAGAUGGCACUACAAUGCCCGUUCUUCCUGCAGAAGCCGCGAGCACCGAGUUUCGCUUCCCGGCGCCUUCUUGGGAGGUACGAUUGGGAUGCCCAUCAGGGUCCUAUGCCGCAGCAAUCACCCAGGAUGACUUAGUCCCCAAGAGAUGCAGUCCUUGCCCGGAGGGCACCUACCGCUCUUUGCCAAGCAAUGGGCUGGUUUUUUCGGUGUGCCAGCAGUGCGAGCUGGGGACUGGUUUGCUACCCGGAGUUACGGGGGCCACUACAUGCAGUGCUUGUCCGGCUGGACGAGAGCAACGGAGCGAGGCCCAUAGGGGGAUCUGCCACAAGUGCCCAACAGGUCAGUUUCGGGGAGCCAACAGCUCCGACAAAUGCGAGCUGUGUCCAGCCGGAACGUAUGCUGAUGAAGAAGGGCUUGCUGAGUGCAAGGUGUGUGCUGUGCUGUCAUCCCAGCCUGAUCUUGGCCAAGCUUCCUGCCUUUGCGACAUUGGAUCCUUCCGUGAUCAAGGGGCAACCGCCGAAGUCGCUGACGGAACUGUUGUGUGUACAUCCUGCGAGGAUAUCUUGCCAGGCAGCACCACUCGAUAUCCAGGCAGCAUCUCGCCACUGCAGUGUCUCUGUCCAGCAGGUCGCUUUUGGCACAGGUCUUCACCUGGCGCUCCCGCGUGGUGCAAAGCUUGUGGAGUGGGACUGGACUGCCGAGGAGGAUUCUCAGAUGAGAACGCCACCAGUCAAAAUCAUCAGCCACCGAUGCAGCUCGUGGGGUUUUCUGCAGGUGUCCCAGACUUUCCUGGUGCUGAUCCGUCGUAUGUGGUCACAUGCGAGACUUCAGCUCGCUGUCCCGCUGGCCCCUUGGGGCACUGCCCUGACCGGAUGAAGGGCAGGGGCUGUGCAACUUGCACCCUCGGCAACUUUUAUGAUGGCAGCGGCUGUACACCAUGCACCGACUUUGCAGUGUGGCCUGUUUUGGUUUCGUGCAUCCUUGUCGUCGCGGCCAUGUUUGUGCUGUAUCAGUACAGUGUGGGACUUGAGAAGCCCCAUCGCGAGUCCAUGAUGACGCUGACAGUCACUGCCGGUUUGGCUGUGAUGGCGACACAAACUCUGUCGGCAUUUACCAGGAUAGAGCUCGAAUGGAUCGAACCCCUAAAUUCAUUGAGAGCUGCAUUGUCCAUCCUGGCUUUUGAUAUUGGCUUCCUACGGCCCCAGUGUUGGGUGGGAGGAGUGGAUCCGCUGCUGGAAUAUGGUAUGGCCAUCUCUGCAUACCCGCUUUGUGCUCUUUGUAUGCUGAUGGUUUUCGCAUUCAACCACUUUGUUCGUGGCAGGAGUAUCAGCAUCUACCAGGUCGUCAACACGCAAGGUCUUCUGGUUUCAGCCCUCUACAUUGCUCUCACAUAUGUCGCCUUGCAGCCUUUCCGGUGUAUACGCAAUCCUGAUGGCAGUGCCAGUUUGGUUGCUUACCGGGGCCUCACAUGCUGGGACAACCAUGAUCACACUGUUAUGGUGGUUUUGUCAGUGAUACCCCUGUUGGGAGUUGUUGUGGCCUACCUGGCUCUUGUGACUUGGGCGACCUGGAGGUAUCCCCUCGCUUGCCGUGCUGCAGGUGGUGUAGAUUUUGUGAAGCGUUGGUCCUUUCUAUUCACACGUUUCCACCAGCACAGCUACUACUUUGCUUGGGUUUUGGCUGUUCGAAAUCUGAUUGUGGGCCUGUCUCCGAUUGUUUUCGUACACCUUCCAGCCAUUCAGCUCGUGCUACUUCACCUGACAGUUGCCAUCUAUGGCUCCUUGGCAGCUCGUGUCUGGCCAUGGCGGACCCAGAUAGCCAACAUCCUCGAUGUCAGCCUCUGCUUUUGUUUGCUUUUGGUGGUUUCGACAGGGCAGCUGCUACUAAAAAAGGAUCAGGAAAAUGCAUAUGUGGUCCAAGUUCUAUUAUUGCUCUUCCUCGCUGUUGCAGUGACCGGGUUGACUUUGGCACUCGCUGUCUCAGUUAUGCGAUUGAUGAAGACUUCGCAUCCAUAUGGGGUCUUCAUCAGUCACCACAAGAAAGCCGCGGGCACAUUGGCACGUUGGUUCAAGAUGUUGCUGGCAGAAAGGAUCAGUGACAAAGUCUUCUUGGAUUCAGACGAUGUAGAUCGUCUAGAAACCAUAGUUGACAUCACAGGUGCCGGCACCCAGAACUUGCUGGUGUUGCUAACGAGCGAGACCCUGAAGCGCAUCUGGUGUGCUGCGGAGAUUGCAAGUUCGUGGGGCAGUGGAACCAACAUUGUGCAGGUCGCUUGUGAUGGCUGUGUGGUGACGCACGAAUGCAUCGAUGCCGUUCCUGGGGCAUGGACUGAAGAACAGCAGACAACUCUAGCCAACAUUGGAAUUUCUUUUCAGAGCAUCAAAGAUGCGUAUAUGAAUUUGCUCAGCAAGCCUGUGAUAGCUUUGGAUAGGCGCGGGGCGGAGGUUGCAGAGCAUGAACGGGUGGUCCAAAUCGUGCUUACGCAUUGCAAAGGUCUGUCGAGAAAUAUGCAGCGUGUCUUCUCUCCUGGAACAGGCUCCGAGAGCCUUUCGGGCUUUGGGACGAACCCUAAAGUCCUCAUGCUGGGGGACAUGGAGUCAUCUGAACCUGGCAGUUGCUGCCGUGUGAUGCAGCUUCUUCUACAAGCGCAGCUGGAAGAAGAAGUUCACCUACUGAACCCAUCCCUGGCCGUGCUUGACAUGGACCAGCUCACUGCUGUCUUGGCUUCAGCGAAUGUGGUCCUUGUCAUCCUGACACAGGGCGUCCUGCAGCUCGCACCCUUCGCAGCUUGCUUGACUGCCUGUGCUCUCUCCAACGCGGAGCUCAUUCCCGUGAAAGCAGAGGAGACUUUUCUUUAUCCAGACCCACCGUUUUACGAGAAGUUGAUGGCAGGCGAUUGCUUUCCAGAGGAAGCGCUGGCCAACCUUGGCACUGAUUUGAGCACUGUCAAGGCUACAUGUACCGUCCUGUUCAACAUGUUGGCGCUCAAGUUUACAUCUCAUGGGACGGAGCGGAUUCAAGCCACUGAAGUCCAUUUGAUGUGCGGCAGGAUCCUCCCCUUGCUACAUACCGAAGCCAUCAGCAUGAUCAGUCCAACAAAUCAAGGUUCUUCAAAAUCCGGAAGACGCAAUUCCGGACGGGACUCUAGGCGAAGUGAUACGAUUCGACUUUCCAUCCGCGAGUCGGCCCGCUUGCAAAGAAUUGCCAGGGAGUCAAAUGACGAGGGAGAGCAGGUGGACGAAGAGAUCGAAGAGCACUUCUGA